CCCGUUAGAGUCACCUGAGCGAUUCAUCUUGCCCACCAUCCGGCCGCUUGCCAAGCGAAAUAAUAAGAGUGGUGGUGGUAAUGGGAGUGAGGCGGUGGUGGACAGCCGACGGGAAGGCGCCCAACGAGAAGAGGAGAAUAAUAGCAGUGGGAGUGAGAAUCGGACGGGGUCGGUCCCGGGCAGUGCUCAGGCUUCUCCACUAGCCCGUCACUCGUUGACGGAUGGGACCAAGAGUCCCGGGUCAGGAUCCAUGUAUUCCUCCUUGGACACUCCAGAUCUAUCCCCAAGGAACGGCGCAAAGAGGUCGAAUAACAAUACGUCGACGGAAUCCUCCACCCCCGAAUCCUUCGAAAUCAUCAAUCCAAUCCGGCACCUCGAGAAACAACAACAGCAACAACCUACACGCUCGGAUUCUCCCUACUCCUUUUCGACGACGUCGUCGCAGCGCCGACACCGCGAGUUGCCCAAGUCGGCCGUGCCCAUGUCAGCCGUCAGCCCGCAAUCGACCAGUUCGAUCGACCAUUACCUCGAUUCCAUCUCGUUCAGUAACAACUCGGGUUCGAUAUCAGCCGAGCCAUUGGAGAGGUGGCCAGUCGGUCCUUCCCCUCCUCCCAGUGAGAACCCGUUUAGCGCGAGUGCGAUGGAGGCGUUUCGAAAGGCGCAUCAGGGUGUGAGUACGUUUGCACCUAGUCAUAUGCCAGCGUCCGCUCCUGGACCUGCUGAAACCACCACCACCACCACUACUACUACUGCUAAGGUGGCGCCGAAAAAGUUGGUGUUCCCACCGUUAAAGGUGGAGGAAAAACCCGAGUCGAUGAAAGAGGUCAAGAUUCUUACGGCUUCCAUUCGCGAGAGGAGGAAUAGCAUGCCUUCGCCUAGUGGACUCUCUCCCGACUUGAUGAAUCGGAGACCGUCGGCACCGUCUCCUUUGACGGGUGGACCUUCUACCAUCUUGUUUACUCCUUCGGCACAUCAGCCUCUCCACGCGGCCCUAAGCUCUUAUAGCUCUUCAAGUAGACCCCGCGCUCUGGACGAUUCAAACAUUCGCGGAUCCAACCUGUCCAUCAAGACGGACCACAUCCGUACCGCUCCUCGCCGUGGUCUAGUCCCCUACACCCCCUUUUCUCAAGGCUCCGACUCGUUCAGCCCCGCCACCGCCCUCCUCACCGGAGCCAAGAGCAGCAAGAUGCCAUUGACAGGAAUCAAAACGUCAAUGGUCCCCAAUAGCGCCCUCUCCACUUCUGUAUCUGUCAAACUCGCCACUCGAGCACGCACACGACCUCCCAGCGGGCCCCGUAAACCCCGCCACUCGAAUUCGACAAAGUCCAAAGACAAGAUCCCCAUGAUCCCCAUGAUCGAAGAGUCGGUUUUAUCCACCAGCCGAUCCCGCUCCGUCUCCGAGUCCCAGGCCAGGGCGUCCAUCUCACCUUAUCCGCCCACUCCGACGUUUGAAACGCAGUUGGUGAGGUUUAAAGGGUUGACGUUGGAUGUGGCCAAGUGGACGUUUUCCCAAGAAGAGUUGCAAGAGGUGACGAGGCGGGCGAUUUGUCAUUCGUCGGAUCCAAUGUCGAUUCGGUUGUUGCCCGCCAAGAUUCUCGAUGAGGAUAUCCCCGCGGAAUUGGAGAGGCUGGUGUUGCAGCGGGAAGAGCUCAAGGCGAAUUACAAGUAUCAGUAUAGGAGGAGGAUGGGCGUUUUAAAGUCUUUGAGCGCAAUGUCGGAGCAUCCAGAGGGUACGAUGAAUGGAUCGGUCGCGGCGAGGUUGGUGGAGGAUUUGAUGGAUAUUGGAAUCAAGUCGGACCAGAUUGGUGAGGAAAUGUAUGUCGUUUCCGACCAGAUUGCCCAGUUGCGCGCGUUGCAAGAGAGCCAUUCGGCGUCUGCGCUCGCCAUGGCCCUUCGCAAGAUCAACUCGAGCUUUAUCAAGGUGCAAGCAGAGGUGGCGGACCUAAAGUCGCAGGUGGCGGAU